GUUUGUUGUUGUGUUGUUGUUUGCCAAGCAAGCCAGAAAAAUUUAUUAAAAAGAAAUUAUUAUGAAAAUAGCAGUAGAAGGUUGCGCCCAUGGCGAACUGGAGCGAAUCUACGCUACAAUUAGUAGCUUGGAGCAGCGGCAAAAUAUCAAAAUUGACUUGCUGAUUUGCUGUGGGGAUUUCCAGGCUUCCAGAAACGCGGAAGAUUUGACUUGUAUGGCCGUGCCCCCGAAAUACCGCGACAUUUGCUCGUUUUACAAAUAUUUUAGUGGCGAAAUAAAAGCUCCCCUAUUGACAAUUUUCAUCGGAGGCAACCAUGAAGCUUCCAACUACCUCCAAGAAUUGCCUUACGGUGGCUGGGUGGCGCCCAACAUUUAUUAUUUGGGCUACGCGGGGGUAAUCAACGUGGCGGGAGUAAGAAUCGGCGGAAUUUCGGGCAUUUACAAGUCCCGCGACUACUUGAAAGGCCACUUUGAAAGGCCCCCCUACGAUGAAAACACUAAAAGAAGUGUUUACCAUAUAAGAAACUUGGAGGUGUUUCGUUUGAAGCAACUAAGUGGGAAAAUUGAUGUUUUUUUGUCGCAUGAUUGGCCUACUGGGGUGUACCAUCAUGGCAAUGUGCCCCAAUUAUUGAAAAAGAAGCCAUUUUUCAAAGAUGAAAUUUAUAAUAAUAGUUUGGGUAGUCAACCUAGUGAGGAGCUGCUGAAACAUCUCAAACCAAGUCACUGGUUUGCUGCCCAUCUUCAUUGCAAGUUUACUGCAACUGUGCCCCAUCCAAACAACCAAACAACUGAAUUUUUAGCUUUGGACAAAUGCUUACCCAAAAGACAUUAUUUGCAAGUAGUGGAAAUACCCCAUGAUGAAACAAAAAAAAUCCAAAUUGAAUACGAUUUAGAAUGGUUGUCUAUUUUAUAUUUGACUAAUCAUUUGUUGAGUGUUAAAACAAUUAAUAAUUACAUGCCAGGGCCUACAGGUAGUACUAGGUAUUUUUUUACACCAACUGACGAAGAAAAGGAGUUUGUUUUGAAGAAAAUGCAUGGCACUUUAAAGGUACCUAAAAAUUUCCAACCUACAGCAACAGCUUAUAAUGGUAGCCCUGUUAAAGGACAGCAACAGCCAAAAGCUAAACUAAACCCACAAACUGUAGAGCUUUGUGAGAGUUUAACCAUAGAUGAUCCAAUAUUUUUAAUUUCUGAGAAGCAAGGAUUGAAUUUGAGCGUGGACAAUAGCUUUUUGGAAAAUACUACUUUUAUUGAUGACUCAGAUGAAGAUGAUAUUGAUACUAAUAAUAUGACUCCAAUGAAGCUGCCAGAGCCUUCACUAACUUCUACACCAAAUUUAAAUGUUUUUGAAAGUGAACUUGAACAAAAUACCUCAACACCAAAGAGGAAUAAUGAGGAAGAAGUUUCUAAUUUAGAGGCUAAAAUCGAUUCACAAAUGAAUACCUCAACACCAAAAAGGAAUAAUGAGGAAGAAGUUUCUAAUUUGGAGCCUAAAAGCGAUUCAGAGACACCUAAAAAGUUCAAAAGAAGAAAUGUUAGCAUGUAUGAUGAAGAAAAUACCAGUUGAUGGUUGUUUUUAAAUUCAGUGCAGAGUAAUUUCCUCACUUAUAAAUCAAGUGCAAAUAAUUUUAAGCAAAUUUUAUCAUUGCUAUAGGCAAAUAAAUGUUUUCCUUUUUUUAUUAACAACAAAUUGAAGUUUCAUUUAACAAAAAUAAUUUAAUUUAAGUACAACAAAUUUUGUAAAAAUGCAACAAAAUUAAAUUUUGCUAAUAUUCCUGCCGCUUCGCUCUUGUUGCUCGUUGAGCAAUUUAUAAGCAGGCAAAUAGAUUUCUUGUUCUUCCUGCGAAACGAGCAAACUGGGGUUGCGGAUUGUAUUUGUUGCGUUACCCAAUGAAGUGAAUCCUAAAUCGUACAGUUGACAAUAAGGCACUUUGUAGUAGAGCAAAUAAUCCCAUAUGUCUGAGUAGUGCCAGUCUAAAAACGGGCUACAGCGCAUUAUUUCUGGCCAGUCUGGA